AUGAACAACGUAGACGAAGUUAUACAAGUCAUCUCAGUUGGACUCGUUGUUGCUGGCUUCCUUCUAAACACCAAUCGAUUUCUAAAAGGCGUCGAAUUAUGCAAGGAAUGUUUGUUCCUUCUCAAAGACAGAGCAGGUUUAAAAGACGAAAAACUAAGUAAAUCAUUCUACAAGAGGAUAAAUUUUACAAUGUGGAAGGCUUGUAGUAUUAUCAGAGAUAACACAAGCGCCAUAGAAUAUGCAGACCAACUUCUCCAAAUUUACCGUGAAAGCGGCGAAAGACUUGAAGAAUAUAAGCUGAGCAUAGAUCUUGUACAAAUGUAUCGCAAUCAAAAUAACUACGCGCAAGCAAAAUUACUCUCUGAAAAAGCACUCCGAAUCAUUGGCGAAUAUGACAAGGCGAGAGAACAUCUCGAGAAAUCUCUUGUCAUCAAGAAAAAAAUUGGAGACAGAAAUGGAGAAGCCUGCUGUCACACAAACCUUGGAGUUGUGUAUGCAUCAGUUGGCGAAUAUGACAAGGCGAAAGAACAUUUUGAGAAAUCACUUGUGAUCAACAAAGAAAUUGGGGACAGAAAUGGAGUAGCGCGCUGUCACACAAACCUUGGAAAUGUAUAUACAUCAGUUGGUGAAUAUGAGGAGGCUAGAGAACAUCUCGAGAAAGCACUUUUAAUGCACAAAGAAAUUAGAGACAAAUAUGGAGAAGCACGGUGUAACUCAAACCUUGGAAAUGUGUAUAAAUCCGUUGGCGACUAUGAGAAGGCAUCAGACUACUGGGAUAAAUCAUUGACUAUGGGCAAGGAAAUUGGUGCCAGAUGUACAGUUGCUCUGUCAUACCUAAAGCUCGGAGAUAAAUUUUUGAGGUUUGGAAAGUAUAGCAAGGCUAACGAGUGUAAUCAGAAAGCACUUGUGAUCUUCAGAGAAAUUGGAGACAGAGUAGGGGUAGCCAAGUUUUAUUUCAAUCAAGGAGCUGUGCUUGACUCCAUUGGUAACUUGAUCAGUGCAAAAGAGUAUUUUGAAAAAGCGCUUGCGAUAAGCAAAGAAAUUGGAAGCAAGCUGCUAGAAGCUUGGGGCUGCUAUAUCCUUGGACGUUACUUUUUCAGGCAGGCAAAAUAUGCUAGUGCGGAAGACUAUGUGAAGAAGGGACUUACAUUAAGUGAAGAGAUGGGAGAUAUUAAAGCACAGUUCCAAUCACUCACAAUGAUGGCAAAGAUUAGAAUGAACGAAGGAAAGACUCAGGAAGCUAUCUCGUAUUUCCGUUCUGGUAUUGAAAUAUGCGAGACUAUGCAUGACUCUCUCCGCGACAACGAUCAAUUUAAGAUAUCUUUCUUGGACGACAACAUUUUGUCCUACAGACAACUCAGUUGUUUACUCUGCGCAAACGGGAGACCUGGUGAAGGUCUGUAUAUUUCCGAGCUUUCGAAGGCCAGGGCUUUGGCAGAUUUAAUGUUAGCUCGUUACUUUGCGCAGAAUAAAAUCUCAGCUAAUCCUCGAACAUGGGUUGGUCUUGAGGGUAUCGUGGCCAAAGAAUGUAACAGAACCUGUCUGUUCGUCUCAUAUCAUUGUCGCAGCAUACAUUUGUGGACUCUUAAAGCAACCGGAGUCACACAUUUCCAGAUGAUAAAAGGAAGUGACCUAAUUGCUCAAGAAGGAUUAGGAGAACAUUUGGAAACAUUUUUUGACUUCAGAAGUUUUGGCGUUUUACCAGAGGAGCUUUGCGAAGACCAGUCUUUACACAGUUUUCAGAUAGAAUCCCAAUCAUGCGAGGAAGAUAGCCAAGCUGGUUGGCGAAUUAGAGACGAAAGUAAAGAUAACCAAGGACCCAAAAUGAACCUACCUAUUUGCUACUAA